AUGGAUCCGACUGACUUCAAUUUCGACUCGGAGCUGGCCGCCGAUCGCGCUCACGACUCUGCUGCUGGGGCCGGCGCGAAUACUACCGGGGCUGGAGCGACCAACACCGGCUUGAAUCCCACUGAAGCGACGGCUGGUCCCGUGCAACAGCAAGACCAACACCAGCCCGACACGUACACGACUGCGAACUUGACUAUGAGCACGAGCACGAGCACGAGCACGAGCACGAGCACGACCACGACCUCCGCACCACGUCUGCACCGACAGACGGUCCCACAGGAGCACCGAGUGCCGAGACACCGGCCCACACCCGCACCCACCGCGAUCGCUGUCUACGGCGAAUCCGUGGCUUCAGGCCCGAGUGCUGCUCCCAUCCCGGGAGUUGCGGCAGACUUACGCGGGAGCACAAACACGACCAAUAAAAAACAUCUCGAUGUCGAUGCAGCGAGGCCAAGGCUCAACAAGAGACCUUCCUUAGACAAGUCGUCCGACGCCGCUUUCACGCCUCAAGGCCAGACAGCGAGCAGCAGCAGCUGGACGACGGCCUCGGCAGCGACGGGGAACAAGCCCAACGUCGGCACGAAGAAGCAGCAGAAGCAAGACGACCAGCAGGGGGUACAUCAGAAGUUCACUAGGAUCCGAAAACCUAGUUCAUGCUUUAACUGUCGCACAAGGAGGAAGAGGUGCAACCGUAUCGCCCCGUGCGAUCAGUGUGAACGAGCCAGCGAGGUUUGCGAUUGGCAAGGGUGAGCAAAUUCUGCACUAAUUGGGAAGACGCGGAACCCAUCAGCUCAACACAUGUCUCUUUUACGCGGGUCCUUCUUUGAUAUUAGCGCAACACCGGUACUUGAUCGACGGGCCGAGGUGCAGGAGUCCGUGGGAUUGCGCCAGCAAGUCGCCGAGCUCGAAGCGCUCGUUCGUUACUACUCUGCGCGCCGAGAGGGCACGCUCUCGCAAUCACCGUCGAGUAUCGACUGUUCGAAUUCAAUAUCGAGCCUACUGACCCAAAACUCGCUCGAUACGCUCAAGGAAUGGCCUUUCGACGACCUCCCACCUCCGAUCACGUCGACCGUGGCAAACAGCUCACCCGCGGCCUCCACGGCGGGCUCCAAUGCGAGGAGUGUCGGGGUCAUGUCGAAAGAUGAGGGUGCUCUAUUGCUUGAUCUUCGCGCCAACGACAUUUGUGAAGCCCUGUCUCAUCUAGCAAUCCAAGAGAUUGCGCCCGCUGAGGAGGCGGCCACCGGUGCCGGUCCCAGCGCACGCACCAUCAUCGACCAAGCCCACGCCCUGUUCAUCCCUACCCAAUCGUCGCCGUUUUCUGGGUCCAUUCGUCCUAUAAUACAGAACCAGAGGGGUGCACCGCUUCGGAGCCCGCCUUUGCAUGCACACUCGGACGUGCAUCCUUCUUGGUCAGCGGACGCUUCGCGCAAGCCCCCGACCGAUCUCGACUUCCCUUUGAAUGCGCCGGACCUGCACGAGGUCAUCGCGCUCUUGCCGUCACCGCAACAUGCGCUCAGCGCCAUCACGUACUACUGCGGCUACGUUUCGUGGUACAUGCAUCUUGUCCAUCUGCCCUCGUUCGAGAAGAGAUGGGCCGAACUCACCGCCGCUCUCAAUUCGGGCGACGACAAUCAUGGUGCUAUCGACCCGUUUUUUAUGGCAACUUUCCUCGGUAUCUGCGCGACGGGCUUGGUGAGCUGUUUUUGAUACUCUUCUUCUAUGGCUCUUUCAGGAACUGACAUUUGCGUCAUCCUGUUCAGUCGAUGAUGCCGGCGAAACGAGCAAAGCGAGACAGCUUUGAGUCGGACAAGGAAGCCAUGGUCGAAAAAUGGCUCAGCGCUGCGAUGCUGGCACUCAGAUACGGAAGGGUUAGUUUUCCACACCGGUCUUCACUCUCGAGCGCGUGGCAGAGGAAGGAAAAACGCCUGACUGAACGAAUACUUCGGGUGCGCAGUUUGUCGAGGCGCCGACUUUGGAAAGCAUUCGCGCGACAACGGUCCUGGCUACUUUCAGGGUGUUCAUGUCGACCGGGGAGACUUUUGGUACCGGAAUGUGGGUUUUACCUUACCUUUAUCUUCAAAUUGGUCAACGAGAUGGCGUGACUGAUGCUCCUUACCAACUAUAUCAGGGCUCUUCUGGGGCUUGCAAGUCAGGCCGCAAUUUCUAUUGGACUACAUCGUGACCCGGACCGCACCCCAGGUCGCUACACGCUGUUCGAGGUCAGCUAACUAGAUACAUCGCUUACCAGCCUAAGCCAACAGAAUUGACCGGUCAAUGCUGCGUUCCGCUUUCUGUUUUUCAGGCGGAGGAACGCCGACGACUCUUCCACAGCUUGUUCACUCUCUGCGUGCUCUCCUCGUCCGCCGUUGCUCGGACGUGGACGAUUUUUGACCUCAACAUGAUCGAUAUCAUGCUUCCACUUGAUGCGAACGACGACGAGAUCGAGACCGAGGAGGCAGCUAAUGUCGCCUUGGUUGCUCGAGCUCGCUCUUUCUCCGAGACCCCAAUGACGAGCGUAAUAGCCAAAAUGCAACUCGCGGUAAGCCUAGACAUCCUCAUCAAGGAAACAGGCCAAGUACGGGGCGACUCGCUGAGACUUCCCCAUAAAUCAGAUCAUCUCAAAGCGAAUAGGAGACGCCGCUUUCGGCAUUCGUGGUGUUUCGUACCGAAUGGUGCUUGACUUUGAUUACGAGCUCAGCCACUUUGAGUUGUCCCUUCCCGAAUGCUACCAAGUCAAGAUUGAUAGCUACGGCAGUUUGUUGCGGUCUACGCCGCACAUCACGUGGUGGAGAUGCGAACUUGGUAAGUCCAACAGACCAGCUAGACAAGGAUGGGUCGUCAGUUACAUGAGGACCCAGGUUCGCGCACCAAAUCUGACCAUACCAAAUACAGCAUGCUUCAAAUGUCGCUGGGAACCGAGUAUCUUAGGCUGCAUCGACCAUUCUUGCGUAAGUUUCGUCGCCUCGUGAUCUCCGGCACUUCGCCCUUAUUAUCAGUCGCUCACGCGCCCGAUCAAACCCACCUCAAAGUUCUCGCCGCGUCCAACGAUGAUUACAAGAGAUCCAAGAUGCAGUGCGUUCUGUACGCCAAACGCCUCCUCGCCAUCUUCGCCUCGCCCUCUUGUAGCCAGCAACCUUGGGGCGGGUUGACCUCAAAGGCCGUCGCGGUGAGUCCAUGAUGGUCUCCCCAUUCUUCGGGUCUAUCGUCUAUUUGGGCCCAUUUCCUGAUUGUGUAUCAUUUUUGUCCAUCCCGUAGGCUGCUGUUGUGCUGGCCAUGACGUGUCUCGCUUUCCCCAACGAUCCCAAAAUCGAUCUGUUCCCCGGCCUUGUGCACCGAGCGACUGCGCAAAUGGAGAGACAUCAAGCCGCCUCGGUACGUCGCCGCCUUUGUUCUACUAGACAUACUAGCUCGAGCGUCGGCUUACAUCGUAUGUUGCUACAUUGCAGCUUAUUUCGAAGAAGGGCACGGCACUCCUACGGUUCCUACUCGCCAAAGUCGCCACUGCCGCAGCCGCGCACGUCCAAGAGCCGAUCAGUAACAUCAAACGCGCACGCAGCACCAGCACACCGUUCAACCUUCACCGAACGAACCAAUACUCGUCACGGUUCCAUCCCGUGCAAUCGUACUCCACCUCGUCCUCGGAUUUGGCCCCUUCGGAAGCACCGUCGACUCAAGCUAGCACUUCGUCGCGAAGAUCAGCCGAGAAGUCGACUCAGGCAGCGCUCGAUGUCGAUGUCUCGUCAUUCCUUGGUUCGGAUAUCUUCGAGUUCGGGUCUUCAACGGGGGAGGCACAGGGUGUAGAUUUCUCCUUUCGGUGUUCUUGA